AUGAGCGACAAGGAAAUCAAGGAAGGAGACCAGGAAUGGCAACACGGUCAAAAGAACGCGGACCCCGAAGACCCUGCUGUCAAGAUCUCUCGAUCAGGCAACGAUGUUGUGAAAAGGGCCCAUGAGCUUGACGUCGAAGAGGCUGGCGACAAGCACAAGGAAGACAAGGGUGAGGAAAAGACGGUGACCAAGAAGGAUCAGGAAGAUGACGAUGCUAAAGAGAAGGAUGGGGACAAGGACGGUGAGAAAGAGGACAAGGAAGAGAAGGAGGACAAGGAAGAAGAGAAGCAGGACAAGGAAGAGGAGUCGAAGGAGUCGAAGAAGUCCGAGUCAAAGAAGGAGGACGGAGAAGCAAAGACUGGCGACAAGCGCGAGGCCGAGGAUGACGAGCAAGAGGAUGAGGAGCCGUCAAAGAAGCAGCAGAAGACAGAGGAUGCUGGCGAGGAAGGUGGUGACAAGAAGAAGCGUGGUCGACCCGCCAAGAACGGAUCCGAGGCCUCAUCCAAGCCCAAGAAGGAGCCAAAGAAGGCAGCGACCGAGUCGGGAGAGCCCAGACGCUCGAGCAGACUCAACUCUUCUUGA